UUAUUUGACGCCGGAGCUAGGCGAAACGUCUCAUGCUUGAAUUUUGGCAAGAUGAUGCAGAGAAGUCGCCAACUUUUAUCGACAUACUCGUCGAUUCGUUCAUUGCUAAGCCUUUCUGUUACCGGACGCAAGUUAUGUAAAUCUUCCUUCAACAGUAGAGGGUUCCAAGAUGAGGAAGUCCAGAAGCUACUGAAGAGGAUAACUGGUCUCCAGCUGGACAAGGUUUUCAAGCCUGCCAAACAGACCUUGGAGGCUCCCAGCUACAAACUUGUCAGCUCCAAGAAGCUAGAGGAGAUGCAUCAAGAGGCAGAGGAAGAGGCUGCGAGGAGACUUCAGAUGCCACCGGUCCUGCCUGAAAGAACACCCAUUGAUGAGGUACUGGAGGAGGACGAGGGUCUGGCUGGUCUUGACACUGCCAACGUCGUCUUCACGGACAUCACAUACGGACUCAACGACAGAAAAAGAUUUGUCGUAGUUCGAGAACCAAGCGGGCAACUCCGGAAGGCGAGCUGGGAAGAGAGAGAUAGGAUCAUGCAGAUUUAUUUCCCCAGGGAGCGGAGAGAGGUGGAAGUACCGCCUUUGUUCCAUGAUGAACAACUUCCAACUGUAUUUGCCAACGAGAGGCACGAGUUUCUACUGGACGCUGCGUGUGUGCAAUUUGAGCCCGAUGCAGCCGGAUUCUUGGCAGUUCAUCAAAAGGCCUAUGAAGACAUUGCUAGCAAUGAGAGGUAUGACCUUCUUCGAUCCACCAGACACUUCGGUGGUAUGGCUUAUUAUCUAACCAAACAGAAGAGGAUAGAUGGCUUACAGACAGAUAUGAUUCAGAGAGAUUUGUUUGAUGAUGCAGUAGAUCUUAUCCACUUAUAUAAUAUCAUCCAUCCAAUGAGUCCAGUCGCUCUGGAGGCGAAAGCACAAAACCUCGACUCUGUAGAGCUUAUUAAGGCAUACAUCAGACUUGAUUCACAUCACUCUGGGAAACUAGAACUAGCUCUCCAAGCCUGGGAAAAUGCAAGGAGAGAACCUGAAGCGCAAGGUCUGGCAGAAUAACCCUGAGGAUUCUUUGUUUUACCUGAACUGGAAACAAAAUACUACAAUGUGUCUGAAGGAAGAGGUGGCUUCACAAGCCUGGUAACAUGCAA